AAAAAAACAUGAUGGGCGUUUAAUUUCUUUAUUUUUGAUUUUGAUUUGACAAAUCAAAAUCAAAGACGUGUUACCAUAAUAACAAUACUUUUUUAGGAUUUCGUUCAUCAAGUUCUUGUUUGAUCUGUCGUUGUUACAACAUCACAAUAUUCGUCUUUUUUGGCAUUUGUUUUGCCAAGAAUUCUGUAUUUUCGUCGUAUUUUAUUCAUUUUUUGAUCUAAAAUCAUCAUAAAGUUUCAAUCUUAAGCACAUUUUAGGCCAAGAUUCAUUAAGUUCUUGUUUGAUCUGUCGUUGUUAGAACGCCACAAUAUUAUUUUCAUCGUAUAUGUUCAUUUUUGAGCUAAAAUCAUCAUAAAGUUUCAAUCUUUAGCACAUUUUAGGCCGAGAUUCGUCAAGUUCUUGUUUGAUCUGUCGUUGUUAGAACGUCACAAAGUCUUGUCUUUUCAUCAUUUUGAGCUAAAAUCUACGUAAAGUUUCAAUCUUUUUCGCAUUUUUGUCCAAGAUUUCCCAAAGGGUGUUCACCAAAAUCAUCAAUGGCACCACCCUUUAGCUGGUGGGGUGGUAAAGAGACCCAAAGGGGUACCCCUGUAGUAGUAAAAAUGGAGAAUCCAAAUAACUGGUCUAUGGUUGAGCUCGAAACUCCCUCAGAGGAUGGUAGUUUCUUGUUAACAAAAGGUGAAAAGGUUAAAAACAAGAAUGCAAAACAACUAACAUGGGUUCUUCUUCUCAAAGCACAUAAAGCAGCAGGUUGUUUAACUUCUAUUGCCUCUGCAUUGUUCAGUUUUGGUUCUGUUAUUCGUCGUCGUGUAGCCACUGGAAAAACAGAUUCUUCCACAAGCAAUAGUUGGUUCUAUUCUUGUAUAAAGGUGAUUGUUUGGUUGUCUUUAAUCUUGUUAGGUUUUGAAAUAGCUGCAUAUUAUAAAGGUUGGCACUUUAGUACUUAUGAUCUUCAUAUUCAGCAUUUGUACACAAUGGCAAAUCCAUUAGCUGUGAAGGGUGUUUUUGAUUUGCUUUAUUCCAUAUGGGUUGUUGUUAGGGUGGAGUAUUUUGCUCCCAUUCUUCGAUCAUUGGCAAAUGUGUGUAUUGUACUCUUCUUUAUCCAGAGUUUCGAUAGAUUGAUCUUGUGUUUGGGUUGUUUAUGGAUCCGUAUAUGGAAGAUUAAGCCGGUUUUGAAAGAUGGUCCGGUGGAUCUUGAAGACGGUGAUGGUGGUUACUAUCCUAUGGUUCUUGUUCAAAUCCCCAUGUGUAACGAAAAAGAGGUUUAUCAGCAAGCUAUUGCAGCUAUGUCUAGUUUGGAGUGGCCUAAGUCGAAACUGUUGAUUCAAAUUCUUGAUGAUUCUGACGAUUCCACGACUCAAAUGUUGAUCAAAGAGGAGGUACAUAAAUGGCAGAAGGAUGGUGUAAACAUUGUAUAUCGUCAUAGAGUGAUUCGAGAGGGUUACAAAGCUGGCAAUCUUAAGUCAGCCAUGAAUUGCAGCUAUGUCAAAGACUACGAAUUUGUUGCCAUUUUCGAUGCUGAUUUUCAACCAUCACCUGAUUUUCUUAAGAGAACUGUUCCUUACUUCAAGGAUAAUGAGGAUAUAGGGUUGGUUCAAGCAAGAUGGUCCUUUGUAAACAAGGAAGAAAAUCUUCUAACGAGACUGCAGCACAUCAAUUUGGCCUUUCAUUUUGAAGUCGAACAGCAAGUGAACGGGAUCUUUCUGAAUUUCUUUGGAUUUAACGGGACUGCUGGAGUAUGGAGGAUUAAGGCAUUGGAAGGUUCCGGUGGUUGGUUGGAGAGAACAACAGUUGAGGAUAUGGACAUUGCUGUUCGAGCACAUCUCCACGGAUGGAAAUUCAUCUUUCUUAAUGAUGUCGAGUGCCAGUGUGAGGUACCAGAAUCAUACGAAGCGUAUAGGAAGCAGCAACAUAGAUGGCAUUCAGGGCCAAUGCAGUUGUUCCGUCUUUGUUUUCCUGCCAUCCUUGAAUCAAAUAUAAGCAUUUGGAAGAAAGGCAACUUGAUAUUCCUUUUCUUCCUCCUAAGGAAACUGAUACUUCCAUUUUACUCUUUCACUUUGUUCUGUAUAAUCCUCCCUAUAACCAUGUUCGUUCCCGAGGCUACACUCCCUACGUGGGUUGUCUCUUACGUCCCCGCCACAAUGUCAUUUCUCAACAUACUCCCGUCCCCUAAAUCCUUCCCUUUCAUCGUACCAUAUCUCUUAUUCGAGAACACAAUGUCUGUGACAAAGUUCAAUGCCAUGAUCUCAGGCCUCUUCCAACUUGGAAGUUCUUAUGAGUGGAUCGUAACCAAGAAAUCAGGACGUUCAUCCGAGGGUGACCUUUCGUUAUUGGUUGAUGAAAAACCAAAACAUCAAAGAGGUACUUCAGAGCCUAAUUUAGGAGACUUGAAGGAGGAAAUUAAGCAAAAAGCACGAAAGUCUUCACGGAAGAAGAAACACAACAGAAUAUAUAAAAAAGAAUUGGCUUUAGCCUUCUUGUUAUUGACAGCUGCAGUUAGGAGCCUACUAUCAGCUCAAGGUAUCCACUUUUACUUCUUGCUGUUUCAAGGUAUAUCAUUCCUUCUCGUAGGGCUAGACUUGAUCGGUGAACAGGUAGACUAGUCGAAUAUAAAUAGGCUUUCAUCGCCACGGGGAUAUACUAUCUCAGCUCAACUGUCAAAUCAAAGACAGGAUAACGCUGAGCAUAGCAUUGGCGCGAUAUGUAAAAUUUUGAAAAACUGGGCUAACUCUGGAUGAGAUGAUGGCUCUAUUGCCUCUGCUCCGAACGUUAAGCCUCUCAAACAUCAAGAUGUGUUGGAACAAAUAGUAGAAAAACGCGUAAAAACAUAUAUUUGAAUACAAAAAACCAUCAAGAAUGGUGAUAAUAUCUCCCCCCCCCCCCCCCUUUAUUAUCCUGUUUUACAUUUUUGGAUUCUUUUGUUCUUUUUAGUACAUUGUUUUUGUAAGUUGUAGAAAGUUAAAACACCAUAGCAGCAUACAUCUUUUUUCUUCUACACAAACAAUAGUUAUUGUAGCAAAAACUUAUGUCUUGUAAAUAAAGUAUUGUUUGUACAUUUUUACAGAAAACUCUGUGUCUUUGUAUCUGUCAUGUACCAAAAGAGCCAAUUCUGUUUAUUCACGUAAGCCGUAUGAUUCUGGUAUGCUU